AUGUCCGUUUGCUUGGCUAAUCCCAGCGCCUGCAACGAUGAGGAGCCGCUCUUUCAGGCCUGGACAUUGAUGGAGCUCCUAGGAGAAGAUCUGGCUACUCUCCUGUCUGACCAUGAAGCGGACCCCCCCUCGCUCCCCCAGGACUCCCUGUCCCGACUCCUGAGCAGGCAGCGUCCCCUCCGCCGCCCCCCCAGCCCCUCAACGCCCUCCGAGGAACGUGCCUGGAUCCACUUCUUAAAUGACUUCGUGAACACCCAGAAGAAGUUUCGGGGGCGCACCAAGAAGAUGGGGCAGCAAGGCUGCUUUGGCAUCAAGCUCGACCGGAUUGGGACCCUCAGCGGCCUUGGAUGCUAA